AUGAGUGUACAGUACGUCGACUUUGAUGGUCCCGAUGAUCGUUCCAUACCCUUCAACUGGCCAAUGCGAAAACGAGUAUAUAUCUCGGUUUUGCUGGGACUCCUUACAAUGGUUGUGGCAAUGGCAAGUAGCAUCUUUACUUCAGCCAUACCCACCGUGAUCAUGAUGUACAAUAUCGACAGGGAGGUAGCAACUCUAGGUGUUUCUCUCUACGUCCUUGGAUUCGCCACUGGUCCCUUAUGUUGGGCUCCUUUCUCCGAACUAAAAGGAAGAAAGCUUCCAUUGGUUACAUCUGCCUUUGGAUUUACCGUGUUCUGUUUUGCGACUGCCGUUUCGAAAGACCUUCAGUCCCUUAUGAUACUCAGAUACUUCACGGGCUUUUUUGGGGCAGGUCCCCUGACUCUUUCGGGAGCAGUCUAUGCUGAUAUUUUCCCGCCACAGCAACGGGGCAUUGCGAUGGUCGGGUUUUGUCUGAUGGUGUUUAUCGGCCCUCUUACAGCCCCGUUCAUCGGCGGGUUCACUGUAAUGAACCAUAGUCUCGGUUGGCGCUGGACGGCAUAUAUACCUGGAAUUCUAGGCAGCGGCUUUUUCGUUCUUUUACUUACUACAAUAAGCGAAACCUAUGCCCCGGUACUCCUCUGUUGGAAGGCGGAUCGGCUACGUCGCGAGCAGGGUGAUUGGUCUAUUCAUGCGAAACAUGAGGAAAUAAACCUCGACUUGCGAGCUAUCGUUGCCGACUAUGUCAGUCUUCCAUUGAAAAUGUUAGCUCUCGACCCGAUCGUGCUAUGUAUGAGCGUCUUCGCCUCGUUCGUAUACGGGCUCUUGUAUCUUUUCUUGACUGCCUAUCCUAUUAUAUUCCAACAGAUUCAUGGCAUGAGCCCCGGAGUCGGCGGGCUACCCUACAUCGGAAUCAUCGUGGGACAGCUAUUUGGCGCGUUCGGAGUAUUUGCAAUGCAGCCAUGGGUCCUACGACAGAUGAAGGAGAAUGGAGGCAUCAUAAUGCCGGAGUGGCGCCUGCCUAUCGCGGUUCCAGGAGCAGUCGCCUUCUCAGGAGGCCUAUUCUGGCUGGGCUGGUCGGGCUAUCGACGAAGCAUAUCAUGGGUAGCUCCCACAGUAUCGGGCUUGCUUACCGGGUUUGGUCUACUGACAAUGUUCCUGCCCUCGAUCGCGUAUGUGGUAGAGGCACGACCAAAAAAGGCCGCUUCGGCUGUCGCUGCACACACGUUUCUUCGCUCAUUGGCUGGCGCCAUAUUUCCACUUUUUGCUUUUUAUAUGUUCGACGCUCUGGGGGUGGAAUGGGCCUGCACGCUGCUUGGAUGUGUCGCGGCUCUCCUCAUCCCAAUACCUUUGCUGCUCUACAUCUACGGUGCCCGAAUCAGGAAUCGCUCCGGGUUGUCGGAUGAGUCUUAG